CACCUAACCCCAAUCCCCUGUACAGGCGGUGAUGCUGCAUUCUGCCGGGGAGUGUCCUGGUGAACCAAACGGAACGGAACCGGUGCUGGGAAUGUGUGCGGUGUGAGACACAGCCGGAGCGAAGGGAACGGAACCGGUGCUGGGAAUGUGUGCGGUGUGAGGUUUUACCGGGAGACAUCCGACCCUUGGCUGGGAUCGCCCCCUGCUCCUCGGCGCCGGGGAGCGACGUUGGAUCCGCGCGGAGGGGCCGUGACAGAUGGACAAUAUGUCUAUUACCAACACGCCAACCAGCAACGACGCCUGUCUGAGCAUCGUGCACAGCCUGAUGUGCCACCGGCAGGGCGGGGAGAGCGAGACCUUCGCCAAGCGCGCCAUCGAGAGCCUGGUCAAGAAGCUGAAGGAGAAGAAGGAUGAGCUGGAUUCUCUGAUCACGGCUAUCACCACCAACGGGGCUCACCCCAGCAAGUGUGUCACCAUACAGAGAACGCUGGACGGGAGGCUGCAGGUGGCGGGGCGCAAGGGGUUCCCCCACGUCAUCUACGCCCGUCUGUGGCGCUGGCCCGACCUGCACAAGAACGAGCUGAAGCACGUCAAGUACUGCCAGUACGCCUUCGACCUCAAGUGCGACAGUGUCUGCGUCAACCCUUACCACUACGAGCGCGUGGUGUCACCCGGCAUCGGUGAGCGCAGCCCCGGCUGGGAGCGGGACACCUGUCCGGCUGUGGAAACCGCAGGACCCUUCAAUUCCUCAGUCAGACGGUCACCAGCUCCCUGCCUCCUGCCGUUAACCCUCCUUUUUCACCCCUGGGGCAACAGUUUUUUUUAA